AAUUCCGGUAUUCAAAAAGUUGAAGUCUCAGUUCAAAACUCAGAUUCUUCAUCAGGUUCAUUUGGAGGAGCAAAACUGAAUGGACCUGGGAAUUAUAGGACAUGGAAGAAGAUGAUUUCCGCUCACCUUCGUGGAAUCCAUAAGAUGGGUCAUGUCACCGGUACCAUUAAGGCACCAGCGAAUGAGGAAAGUGAAGAGUAUGUCAAGUGGGAAGAUACUGAUGGACUUUUACUGUCAAUUCUAUACAAGGCCAUGACUGAUGAGGUGAUCCAAUUGAUCAUUGGGUGUGAUACUGCUGCAGAAGUUUGGAAGACGCUCAAUGAUCUAUAUCUGAAUGAAUCUGAUUUUUCCCAGAUCUAUGCAUUGUUGUGCAAGGCAACAAGGAUGAAGCAAGAUGGGCAAGCAGUUUCAGUGUUCUACACCUAACUGAAAAACAUUUGGGCCAAGAUUGAUCAACGGCGACCAAACAAAUUGAAGAAUGCUGAGGAUAUUACUUGGUACCAGAAGGAGAAGGAGUUGGAGCGUGUGCACCAGUUUCUGAGUGGAUUAGAUGCUAGACAUGACAGUGCCAAGGGAGAGUUGUUACGUCGGCAAGAGCCUCCUUCCCUCACUGAGGCUUUUACCUACAUCCGCAAGGAUAAGUCUCAGCAAGGUAGCACAAAGGCAGCUCAUUCUGAAAUCUCCAUCCUAACAAUCCAAGCUAAGCCCCCUCGGGCUCAAGGUCCACCUCCUGGCUUCAGUACACCACAAUCAGGAUUACAUCCUAUGACUCAGGGUUCUUCUCCAGGCAGGUCUGUAUGUCAACAUUGCAAACUGACUGGACACACCAAGGAGACUUGUUAUAAGUUGGUUGGGUACCCAGCUGGAUACUUCAGCAAACCCAAACCAACUGAACCUCGAGGUAGAGGAAAGGCAGCUGUUCAUCUUGUUCAGAGUUUAGAGUACUUUAGAGUCGCUGGGCAAGAUCAUACCACAGGCAGUGAUGGCCCCUCAGUCUCACUGGUUGCUAGAGGUACUGGUAAGAUUGGAUCUUCUGACCAAGGAAGUCAUUGGCAAGGGGUAUAUGAGGGGGAGACUGUUUCAUCUGGAUCAAGCUUAUGCCGGGGAGAGACCAAGGAAGAAUGUCCCAGUUGCUUUGACUUUGACUUCUAGAGAGCUUAAUGAAGUCUAGUUAUGGCAUAGACGCUUAGGGCAUCCUUCAUUUAGUGUAAUGCGUAAAGCUAUGCCCUCUUUAUUUGUUGGUAUUGACAAGUCGUCCUUACAUUGUGAAACUUGUGUUUUGGCGAAAAGCCAUAGAGUCAACUACCUAUUGAGUCUUUCUAAUAAAAGUUCUAUGCCUUUUGAGAUUA